CGUCGCGACGCGUAGAUAGGUGGGUGUCCGAAGUGUCCGGUGGUGGCUGUACGCGAGGUCGAAAGCGAGGCGGCGAUCCGCCGUCUUCGAGCACCGGUGAGCAGGACCGCGCGAUCCCGGGCGUCGGGAUAGUUCGAAGCGAGACGAGUCUCGGGAGCCGCGUCGGAAGUUGGUCGGCGGAAAGCGGAAAGCGGGACGGUAUCGGGAACAAUAGCCGUCGAGAGAUCACUCGAUCGGGCUCGCGCGCGUGCGCCGCUCCGGCGCGCCGAAGACGAGAGAGAGAGAGACGGAGCGCAGCGGUUCGAGCCAGAGGGAGCGAGAGGAGCGUCGUUUCCUCCCGAGAAACGGCGUAAGCGUCAUCGGACAACGAUGACGGGCCUCGUUCGCGAGGCGGACGCGAGCGCGCUGGCGUUCCCACCGGGCACACGCGGUGACCGCUCGUCCUAGAGGCCGACAUCGGCCGACGUCGCGACGCCCCAAGCGAGGCCGCACCCCGUCACCCCUCGACGUCCCGUGAGCUGUGUUUACGCCGGAACGAAUCCCGAGCCUCGACGAUGUACGCCAAGGGAAAGGGUUCGUCGGUGCCGUCCGACGCCCAGGCCAGGGAAAAGUUGGCUCUCUAUGUGUACGAGUACCUGCUGCACGUGGGAGCACAAAAAGCUGCGCAGACCUUCCUGUCCGAGAUACGAUGGGAAAAGAACAUUACGCUUGGCGAACCUCCAGGAUUUCUGCAUUCUUGGUGGUGUGUUUUCUGGGACCUUUACUGCGCAGCACCGGAACGACGUGAUUCCUGUGAACACAGUAGCGAAGCCAAAGCGUUCCAUGAUUACGGAUUUGUAAACAGUGGUUAUGGCGUUAACGGAAUCGCUCAUAAUGCUGGACCUGCUCCAUCUCCACUCGGGCAGAUGCCUCCCAACGAUGGCAUGCCUGGUGGUCCGAUGCCCCCUGGAUUCUUUCCAAACAACUCGACAAUGCGACCAUCUCCGCCCACACACCCCUCAUCACAGCCAUCCCCCCAGCACCCCCAGCCACCCCCGCCCCCACACUCGCAGAUGAUGUCCACCCAGUUCAUGGGACCAAGGUACCCCGCUGGACCUCGACCCGGGGUGCGCAUGCCACAGAUGGGAAACGACUUCAACGGGCCCCCGGGACAGCCCAUGAUGCCCAACAGCAUGGACCCCACGAGACAAGGACCUCCGGGAAUGAACCCAAUGAAUCCACGAAUGAAUCCGCCACGAGGACCCGGAAUGGGACCCAUGGUUCCUGGGAGCUACGGGCCCGGAAUGAGGGGACCACCACCUAACAGUAGUUUAGGCCCAGGGGGGCCCGGAGGACCCGGAAUGCCCCCCAUGAGUAUGGCGGGCCCCGGGGGAAGGCCGCAAUGGCAGCCGAACACGUCCACCCCGAUGAACUACUCGUCGUCCUCGCCGGGCAACUACGGCGGCCCUCCCGGGUCCACCGGGCCUCCUGGACCGGGAACUCCGAUCAUGCCGAGUCCGCAAGACAGCAGUAACAGCGGCGGAGAGAACAUGUACACCAUGAUGAAACCUGUACCUGGAGGAAACAUGCCCGGAGACUUUCCGAUGGGCGGCGGACCCGAAGGAGGUCCCAUGGGCCCUAUGGGACCCAACACGAUGGGCCCGGUUUUGAACGGCGACGGACUCGACGGAAUGAAGAACAGCCCGGCUAACGGCGGACCCGGAACCCCGAGGGAAGACAGCGGCAGCGGCAUGGGUGACUAUAAUUUGGGAGGUUUUGGCGGUCCCGGAGAGAACGAUCAGACCGAGUCGGCAGCCAUCCUCAAGAUCAAGGAGAGCAUGCAGGAGGAGGCCAAGAGGUUUGAGAAGGAUUCGGACCACCCCGAUUAUUUCAUGCAAUAACUCCCCCGCGACCGUGCGAGGCCGUCGGCGUCGACCGCACCCCCGUUCUCCUCCCCGUCCGACUCGCGAUCGAUCUCUCGACCGAUCGACUCUCCGUCUUCCUUUCGACUCGCCGGAGACGAGCCCGACUCGAUCCGGGGACCUCGAAGAAGGACGGAAAGCAGGAUACCGCACGUACGCGCACGCGUGCACGAAACGCGUAGGGAGAAAACUAGACUCGAGGACGAACGGAUGGGCUUUUUGCGUUUCGCUCCCCGAUUCGUCGAUUCGCCAAAAGUCUACCAAAUUGACCAAAUCUAUCGAUCAGCCGUCUCGAGUCGUCGAAUUAAAAUUUUCGAGUUCUAGUCGACGAGGUGAAAUUUUCGAAUUCUAAUCGACGAGUUAAAAUUUCGAAUCGUCCGGUUCGAGCCGUCGAGCGGCCGAUUUUGCGCGUCCGGAGACGCUUCCGGAAUCCGCGGGGGAGGAGAACCCCCGGGGGAGGCCUAGGGGCCCUUCGGCGCCGUCGUCGUCGUCGGGCUCGACGUUCCUCGGCGACGCGGCGCGUCGUUCGGGAAGAUGGACUUCCGCGGACCCUGAUCGGUCGACGUAGAUUUAAGGGACUUCCUGGGGGGCGCGGGCACGCAGCCUUCGGGAGUGCCUCGUCGAACGGUGCUUCCCGGUCGCGGACCUCGCGCGCCGUCGCCGCGGCUUCUCUUCCGUUCUUUCCGUUUCUUCCCGUCGACGGCGCGUCUCCGGGUGCGAGAUUAAGAGUAAGAAAUCGGAAAGGAGGCGGGAAAGCGGCCGACUUCGACCCGGUCGAGCCGGGGCUUCUUGCGAAUCCGGGUUUCCUUGGGGAACCGCGACUCGGUUUCCAUCCGGGCGAAAGACGGUCGGAACAGGGAGAGAUCGUCUUCUCUCCAAGAACGGAAGCACCAUCGCGCGUCCGAUUAAUUCCUGCGAGGAGAAUCAAGGUCGAUCCACGUACCCGACAAGGACCGACCCGCGCCGGUGCCGAUCCGACCUUGUAACGAAACUUUGUAACGCGCGGUUGCGUCGAGUCGCGCGCGAUAAAGUCAUCUUGGAUCGACCCCGCGGCACGCGUCGGAGAAGGUGAUUCCACCUUUACGGCAAAGGUUGCCGUACUUGGAUUGUAAUCGCGGGGCGUACCGUUAAUGGGACGCGAAAGUGGCUUCCGAGGGGUCAAACAUUUGUGAAACUUUUAUCCGAACUGGAGGAUACCGAGUCAUUUCACCCUUUACAGCGCGAAUAUAGAGGCUGCAAGGAAGGUCUUGACGGCCAUGAAAUUUCAGUUUUUAUAAGAAAUUAAAAAAGUGAACUUUCACGGGAGGGUCGGGAUCUUCGUUCCAGCUUCCACGUUCGCGUAAAGUUUGAAACGAUUCGGUUCCUCCGGUUCGGAGAAAGGUUUCGUAACGAUCUUAUUGACGCCACUUUCGCUGGUCUUGAUACGAAAAUUCCGGAAUCGCGGGGAAGGGAAAGAAAACGACCGUACCGAGUUAUCCAGGGAGUAGAUUUUUGUCCGACGCAAACCGGGCGGUUUCGAGGUUUGCGUCGAAAGCGAGUCCCGGAAGUGCGUCGAAUUUCCCCGCGUUCGACCGGGCGACCGGCGCGAAGCGCCUCGGAAUCGGUAUCGGAAACGACGGGGGGUCGCGAUCCCUGCCCCCUAGCAAAAGGUGUACCUAGAGGUGUAAGGAUAGAUCUAAGCGAGGGAACGAGAGCGCGGAGGCUCCCAUUUCGGCACCGAGCUCUUCUCGAGCCCGCGAGCCAACGGUCGAAGAGACGCGCGCGGAAAGGGAAGGAAUCGCAAACGCGAGGACUCCCGAUAUCGGAACGAGAUCGAAGUGCACGGCGGUGCGGAGAAACGCGACGGAACGCGGGGAAACGCGCUCGGCCUUCUCGUGGAAAGUAUUUUGACCGUCCGGUCUCGAGGAGCGACGUCGCGCGAUAUUUAUUUUAAGUAGCCGCGGCCGCGGAUUUCCUAAGGAACCCUCGCCGAGUUCCGGGUUCCGAAGGAAUCCCGCCGGCGACGACCAAAGCUCGACGCGUCUUUCGGGCCUCGGCGGAGGCGCCCUGGGAGGGGAGCAUGUUCCACUUCGUCGUUACGUAUGUCGUAUACACUCAUUGUAGACCGACGCAGGCUAUUCGAAAUCACGAACACCCUCGCCUUCUCGGACGAAUCGUGCAUAAUUAUUGACAUAAUGUAGGUAUCUAUAUAAAUAUAGUAUCAGUAGCGUAAACGAUGAAUAUGAGUAAUGCAAAAAACAGAAUAAAUGUCAUCUAUCCUA